AUGUUCAAAGUACCUGCUCAAUCCACCGCUACUGCCACUGCGCUGCUUGUGCUGCGCCUGAUCGUCGGAAUCGCUUUCAUCCUGCACGGCUGGGGCAAGAUACAGGCACCUGCAAACUGGAUGCCGCCCGGCGGCCCUGUUGCCUUAUCGCCCUUUUUACAGGUGAUGGCCGCGCUGUCUGAAUUCGGCGGUGGCAUCCUGUUUGUACUGGGCUUGUUCACGCCGCUGGCGGCGUUGGCCAUCGGCAUCACCAUGUCGGUUGCCGUAUAUUUCCACAGCGUAUUGUUCAAAGAUCCGUUUGUGAACAUGACAGGCCAGGGCGGUUCAUUCGAAUUGCCGCUCGUAUUUUUCGGCAUCGCACUAUUGCUGCUCUUUGCCGGCCCCGGCAAGUUUUCCCUGGAUCAAAAGUUUUUCGGUAAAAGAUAA